AUGAAUAAGGCUCAUCCCAGUGUCCUCCCUCUCUCACAAGGAGGAGCGACCCAAGCCACAAACCAGGAACCUGAAGCUCUGACGCCGGCUCCACUGUCCCCUAUCGUGGAGCAACCACAGCCUGGGGUCCCCCAGCAGCCAAGUCCUCAGGGUGGCCCCCAGUUUAUGCCUCCCACACAAUACUAUGUCUGGUCUCCACUAGGGGGCAGUCCAAUGAUGAUCCCUCUGCAGCCCAGCUUCCUUGGAUCACAGCCUGCUAACCUGCCGACUCUCCCACAGCAGCCUCAGCAGAUUUUCCCCCCUUAUACAUAUUUUCCUGUUUUUUCAUCACCAUAUGGGAAUCAAAUGGCUCCCCCAUAUGGAUACCCGAUGAUUUUUGCAUCCCCGCUUCAGCAAAAUCCAGCAAAUCAACCUAUGAACAGCGUAGUGUCACCCGCAGUAACCCCUUCAGGAACUGCUCCUUUAGGAAAUGCACCUCAGCCAAUUCAGCAACAACAGAAUCCCCAAAUUGUAUACAUGCUCCAGCAACCCAUGAAUGCAGCACUUGGCAGUCUCAGUUCAGAAGAACUCCAGAUGGCUGCUAAAAUGGGACAACUGGGCGUGUACAUGUCCAGUGUGCUCACAAACCCAUCUGCUGGAGCCGUUCAGCCUGUGAACCAGGCCGCUGGGAUCUCAUACCCAGACCAGCAAGGCAUCGCCCCGACCUCGCCAGCUGGAAUCCAGCAGACCCAAGGGCCGGCCAGUGCUGGCUCACCGCCGAACACUAACCCUGUAGGUCUGAAGAGCCCAACGCAGCAGGCGGCCACGGUCCAAACACCUGCUGGACCCAAACUCAAACCCACACAGGGAGACCUGGUCUGAGAGCUCAGCCAGCAGAAGAGACAACUCAUCAUAUACUGAACAAAACUAAACACCUCAUUGAUAAA